AUGGCUCAACUCCACCAACAACCUCAGCCACUGCAGCCAGAGUAUCUGGAGGACGAUAUCUACGAGGACCAGACCGACGACGAAUCCUUAGCUUCCUUAGAAACCGACGACGGCCAAGAUCAUCCCCCAGAGAAGAUUCUCGCGCAAAGCAUAGGCAAGAACGGCUUCAUCUGGUACCUCGUGAAGUGGCAGGACUGUCCAGUGAUCAGAUCCUCGUGGGAAGGCAUUGAUCUGUUCUCCAGCUGUCCCGGAAUUCUAGACGCGUGGAAAGUGGAGCGGAAGAGACAGGCAGACGGCUUAUCCAAACCGCUGGAUCUCGCUGCUUUCCAACGCGCGGUUUGUGAUGCUGAAGUGGCCCAUUAUCAAAGACGGGUCCUUCGCAGAUUAAGACGGAAGUUCAACCGUGUCCUUUCUAUCGUUGCCACUUGAGAUCUGGUCUUCACGGGCUGUUGCUUUUUAUUCUUAUAAAAAGCCACAUCUACAGCUACAGCAUUUGUGUCAUCAAAAGAUACCCCAACUAUUUCCCACAUCAGGCGCCAUGAUUUUCAGCCCGUCUCGCUGUCUGCUUUGCGCGGCUUGUCUAGUCUUCCCAAUCCUCGCCCAAAAUGCCCCUUCCACACCUUCCGAGUCUCCCCCUGCAUCAAACGAAGUCAUUUGUCCUGCGGAAACGCCUGGCGAAUGUUAUCCUCGCACCUUCGUGCCUACCGAAAAUUUUCAAGUCAUAAGAGAAGGGCAAGAUAUCCCACCCGGUCUCCAUGUACGAAUGGACAUCAAUACUGGGCUGAAAGAGGCACGUCUCAAUAUACCGAUCGAGGGAGAAACAACCGCAGAAGAACUGUUAGAAGGGUUACCGGUCGAGCAGUCGAUGGUGGUAGUGGAGCAACCUGAGGAGGACCCCAUUUCAGAGCCAGAAAGAAUAGCGCUCAGAGAUCAAGUUCCUAUGAACCCUCCAGCUUUCGAUUCCGCAGGUAAAAUAAUGCCUCCAAUGGAAAACCCCGAGUCACCAAACGAAAUGGGUACUUUUCAAACUGCCCUCCUCACAAUCAAGAUGGAAGCAAGAGCAUUUGAUAAAGCUCUCGACGAUUUGAUGGAGUUGUCGCAUGAUAUUUACUACGGUGUUGAAAUAGCCAAGGACGGCCCAGUUCUUGAGAAACUCUUGUGCCUAGCCCUAGGGGCAGGGACUGAGAGAAUGAAGUCGGGCGAGAACGGCCGUGAUCAUAAAGCGGCUGCGAUUAUUGGCUCGGCAAUUCAAAACAACCCCACGGCUCUAAGGGAAAUCAAGGGUUUCCAGAAAAUGGUCAUGUAUCCUACUUGUGGGGAAUCGAAACAAAGCGAUUUCGUCAGCAUUUUACGCACCAGACUUGGUGGAGAAACAAAUCCCGCUCUGCUGAAAACCAAAGUAGGCGCCAUCAGUGGUUUGCUCAAAGAACCAUCUUUCCGAGAUGAAUUUAUUGAAAAGAGAGGCAUGGAGUUAGUGUUGGCCAUGUGGCUCAAAGAAGGACCUCAUUUUGACGUUGUUAAGAAGAAGGUUGCGCAAUUAAUAAUGGACAACUUUCUCGAUGAGGGAAUGGGAGCCUCGCUUGGGCAAUGGCCAAGGACGGCCAGAAGCUCAGUUGAGAGCUGCAAAGCGAAAGAUACGAUGUUGGCAGAUGGUUGUUGGGAACACCAUAUUCAACAACAUACCAAGUAUUCACCCGAUGAUACUUGGGCGAAUGAGUUUUUUCUUGCAUUGAGAAAAGAGCGAGCGAAGAUACCCGUGCCUGAUACGAACAGGGAGUUGUAG